AUGGGUAGCACCACGGUGUUUGGAAGCAUAUAUACCUCUUGGAUGCUGCGGUCUGUGAAUGUCAUCGGACUUGGGCUUUCCGUGUUGUGGGCAUUGUCACCACUAGCUGCGCAGUCUAGCUUGCGCAUCUUGUCCGCCGACCACGGGAAGACAUUGUCGUCGCCCAGGUUGAAUUAUUUGAAUAUUACCGCGACGGCCAAUGUCACCGCUUUGGCCGAUUGGAAGUGGACCAAUGAUCCUGGCGAUGAGAUGUUUAUCGGUGGUCUUGUGACUGCGAAAAUCACCAAGGGGUCUACGACUGACCUUUGGGGUAAUGUGAAAGUUCCCUUGUUGAGUAAUUUGACGAGCGACACCUCAGAUUGGACAGAGGUGGCCGGAGACAAUGUGGUAUACACAUCUCAGCUCGGGAUUCCUAUUUUCGGGCUGGUCAGCAAUGGUAGCACGUCGGCCUCCGUGGAAACAUCAUACUUGGAGUUCCGGUGUCAAGACCUCUACGACCGAGCCUUCGAGGGGUCAAACGUCUCGGCUCUGGCCGUCCCAAAUAUCAAAUAUGUUAACGGAACCAAUACAGAGGCUAUCGUAACGUGGAAGUCAUUCAAUUUUAUAAAUUCCUGGUCGAGGGACAACAAGCCAGUGGCUGAGGCAACCUGCGCGGUAACUUCUCGGAGUGUCAUGAUGGAUGUGAAUUGCAAUCUCACAAGUGGCUCGACCCGCAAGCAGGGUGGCUGCGCGGCGACUAGAAUACGGCAAGGUCAAUCAGAUACAACUCUACCAGGAAUAUUUUCAACGCCGACAAUAUUCGACAACUUCACAAGCAGUAUUCUAAAAGCCAUUCCAUCUGGGCAACCGGCUGCUGCCACAGUUUUAGAUUACUGGAUGGCUAACCCAUAUGGCUCAUAUCCCGAUUUUCGAGCCAACAUCAGUCUCUAUGAAUUAGACCCAGCGAUAUUUUCCCAGCGGCUGACGCAGAUGGUCAAUUCAUUCUAUGUGGCGCGACUGGGAUAUUCUUUCAUGACACGGACAUCUCUCGCUGGUCUCCAACUGAGCGCCGGGGGCAACCAAACAACAGUGAAAACGGACACAGGCUCUGCCGUUUUCGCUGCUAUGACAGGCAACGCGGUUGAAAUGAAUUCAUCGCUGACACUCCAUACCAACCCUGGAUGGAUUACGGCUUUUAUAUUGACGAUAUUGAUCUUGAUUGCUGCAUCCAUCUUAACAUUCUUCCUCGGAUCGGCCACCUUGAUACCGGAGAUUCUGGGAUAUGUGUCAUCGUUGACACGAGAUAAUCCACAUAUCCCGCUAGGUGAUAUUCCAGUCACCGUGGCUGGUUUGGAGAAAGCCCGGAUGCUAGGAUCUAUCCACCUCCGUAUGGGAGACGUUACGCCUGGUGAGGAUUUAGGGACACUGGGGGUCGGGAGAUUGUCUUCCACUACACGAUCGAAAGCUCGUCGAAUAUUUCGAUAG